CCUCAAGCCCCAGCCCGGCCCCCGCCGCCCCACUUCCGGCAGGCGCUGCGCUGCUGGGGGCGCGGGCGAGGAUGGCGGCAGAGAACGAGGCCAGUCAGGAGAGCGCCCUGGGCGCCUACUCGCCGGUGGACUACAUGAGCAUCACCAGCUUCCCGAGGCUGCCGGAGGACGAGCCGGCGCCCGCGGCCCCUCUGAGGAGCCGCAAGGACGAGGACGCCUUCCUGGGAGACCCAGAUACCGACCCGGACUCCUUCCUGAAGUCAGCGCGGCUGCAGCGGCUGCCGUCGUCGUCGUCGGAGAUGGGCAGCCAGGACGGGUCGCCGUUGCGGGAGACGCGCAAAGACCCGUUCUCCGCGGCAGCGUCCGAGUGCUCCUGCCGCCAGGACGGGCUCACGGUCAUCGUCACAGCCUGCCUCACCUUUGCCACCGGUGUCACUGUGGCGCUCAUCAUGCAGAUCUACUUCGGGGACCCCCAGAUCUUUCACCAGGGCGCUGUGGUGACUGAUGCCGCCCACUGCACAUCGCUGGGCAUAGAGGUGCUCAGUAAACAGGGAUCUUCCGUGGAUGCAGCUGUGGCAGCAGCCCUGUGUUUGGGGAUCGUGGCUCCUCACAGUUCUGGCCUGGGCGGUGGGGGUGUGAUGCUGGUACAUGACAUCCGACGGAAUAAGAGCCACCUAAUUGAUUUCCGAGAGUCUGCCCCAGGGGCUCUCAGAGAAGAGGCCCUGCAGAGAUCCUGGGAGACCAAGCCCCCAUCCCUGGCUUGGGGCUCUGAGGAAUUCAGCCCAGCGCCCCCCCUUCCAGUGACCUGGUCUCCUCUCUCCCUCACCUGCCCGCCUUGCCCAGCCUGGGCUUUUGGUGGGGGUUCCCGGAAUGGUGAAGGGGCUACACGAAGCUCACCAGCUCUAUGGCAGGACCCUUCUUCCUCCCCCCAGGACCUCCUCCACCCCCUGCUCUCCGGCUCCCCCAGGCUGCCAUGGUCCCAAGUCCUCGCCUUCGCAGCAGCUGUGGCCCAAGAUGGCUUCAACAUGACCCAUGAUCUAGCCCAAGCCCUGGCUGAACAGCCGCCACCCAAUGCGUCUGAGCGCUUCCGUGAGACGUUCCUGCCCUCGGGUCACCCGCCACUACCUGGCUCACUGCUGCGACGGCCUGACCUGGCGGCGGUGCUGGAUGUGCUUGGCACCUAUGGCCCCGCUGCCUUCUAUGCCGGUGGCAACCUCACACUGGAGAUGGUGGCAGAGGCUCAGCAUGCAGGGGGUGUCAUAACUGAGGAGGACUUCAGCAACUACAGUGCCCUCUUGGAGAAGCCUGUGUGUGGCGUGUACAGAGGCCACCUGGUUCUCAGUCCCCGACCCCCACACACAGGCCCUGCCCUCAUCAGUGCUCUCAACAUCCUCGAGGGCUUCAACCUCACCAGCCUGGUAUCCCGGGAACAGGCUCUUCACUGGGUGGCAGAGACCCUGAAGAUCGCAUUAGCUCUGGCCAGCAGACUGGGAGAUCCCGUCUACGAUUCUACCAUCACUGAGAGCAUGGAUGACAUGCUCAGCAAAGUGGAGGCUGCCUACUUCCGGGGCCAGAUCAAUGACUCCCAGACAGCCCCUGUCCCGCUCCUGCCCAUCUAUGAGCUAAAUGGGGCUCCCACGGCUGCCCAGGUGCUGAUCAUGGGCCCUGACGACUUCAUUGUAGCCAUGGUCAGCUCCCUGAACCGGCCCUUUGGCAGCGGCCUCAUCACCCCCUCGGGGAUCCUGCUCAACAGCCAGAUGCUGGACUUCUCUUGGCCUAACAGGACUGCUAACCACCCUGCGCCCAGCCUGGAGAACUCGGUGCAGCCAGGGAAGCGGCCACUGUCUUUCCUGCUGCCCACUGUGGUCCGGCCAGCAGAAGGACUCUGUGGGACCUACCUUGCUCUGGGGGCCAAUGGAGCUGCCCGGGGCCUCAGCGGCCUGACCCAGGUCCUGCUGAAUGUCCUGACUUUGAAACGGAACCUGAGUGACAGCCUGGCCCGUGGCCGCCUGCACCCCGACCUGCAGACCAACCUCCUGCAGGUGGACAGUGAGUUCACAGAGGAAGAGAUUGAGUUCCUGGAAGCCAGGGGUCACCACGUGGAGAAGGUAGAUGUCUUGUCCUGGGUCCAUGGCAGCCGGAGAACCAAUAACUUCAUCAUCGGUGUGAAGGACCCUCGGAGCCCAGAUGCAGCCGGAGCUACCAUCCUGUAGAGCAGCAGGGUGGGGCGGGGGUCUCUUCUCCCCGCCUUUGCAUGUUCCUAGAGUCCCUCCUUCUCCCAGGUUUGGUCUCAGAGGGACCCCAGGGAUGCCCCAGAUCAGGGGCCAGAGGGGAUGCUUAGCAAACCCUAUCUCAGAGUAACUGGAAAAUUCUCCAUCUGGAGGCCUGUGGUGGUGGCAGUGGUGGUGAGUGUCAGUGUCCACGACCAGGCAGGCAGGACCUUGAGGAGUCAGACUAUCUGUCUGUCUGUCUCCUUUCCCUUAGCCAUGCAGGCUCUGAGCUUAGGGCUGUGCUUGCAAACCCUUCUCAAGGGUCCUCGCCACCCCAGCAUCUCCAGUUGGGCCUGACCUGGGCUUGUUUUCCAGCUCCCUUCUCCUGUCCCCAGUCUCAUUUCUUAAAUGACUAGGAUUUUUUUUAAUGGACCAUCCUACGGAGGGGGCGCUCCUCUCCUCCUCCCAUCAGGUUGAUUUGGGGGCCUUUCAUCUGGGGUGGGCCCAAGGUGUGGGGUACGGGUGGGGGUGGGGACCAGCUCAGGGGCUUCCAUUUGCAAAGGGGAAUUAAAGAAAGAAUAUUGCUUAA